UUGGGACCCGGGCCAGCCGAUCCUCUGCCUGACAUGCUCAGCUCCAGCCAUGCAGAGCUCUUGAGUAACAUCCUUGUUACAUUUCCAGUUUCCAACAGCAACUCUCCAACGAAGAUUCUGCCAAAAACCUUAGGACCAAUAAAUGUGAAUGUUGGACCCCAAAUGAUCAUAAGCACACCGCAGAGGCUAGCCAGCGCUGGAAGUGCUCUGCUUGGGAGUCCAUACACCCCUGCACCCGCAAUGGUCACUCAGACACACGUCACAGAAGCCACCAGCUGGGCCCCCAGUGAUAGAAAACGGGCUAGAGAAUUUAUAGACUCCGAGUUUUCAGAGAGUAAACGAAGCAGAAAGGGAGAUAAGAAUGGAAAGGGCUUGAGGCAUUUUUCAAUGAAAGUGUGUGAGAAAGUUCAACGGAAAGGUACAACGUCAUAUAACGAAGUAGCUGACGAGCUGGUAUCGGAGUUCACCAACUCAAAUAACCAUUUGGCAGCUGAUUCGCAGGCUUACGAUCAGAAGAACAUUCGGCGAAGGGUUUAUGAUGCCUUGAAUGUGUUAAUGGCGAUGAACAUAAUUUCAAAGGAGAAGAAAGAAAUCAAAUGGAUCGGCCUGCCCACCAAUUCUGCUCAGGAAUGUCAAAACCUGGAGAUAGAGAAGCAGAGGCGGAUGGAGCGGAUAAAGCAGAAGCGGGCUCAGCUCCAAGAGCUGCUCCUGCAGCAAAUUGCUUUCAAGAACCUAGUGCAGAGAAACCGGCAAAAUGAGCAGCAAAACCAGGGUCCCCCCGCGGUGAACUCCACCAUCCAGCUGCCCUUCGUGCUCAUCAACACCAGCAGAAAGACCGUGAUAGACUGCAGCAUCUCCAGCGACAAGUUUGAGUACCUCUUCAACUUUGACAACGCCUUCGAGAUCCACGACGACAUGGAAGUGCUCAAGCGGAUGGGGAUGUCCUUCGGGUUGGAGUCGGGCCGCUGCUCUCUGGAGGACCUCAAAGUGGCCAAGUCCCUGGUGCCCAAGGCCUUGGAAGCCUAUGUCACAGACGUUUCCAAGGGGGCGUCCUGGCUGCAGCCUGUUCCCAGGUCAGGCCCAGCCUCCAGCGGGCCGGCGCCGCAGCCCAGCGGUCCCCCAGGGCUCUGCGCGCGCACUGAGGGGGCCCUAGCUGCGGGCCCACUCCUGGCCACCCAGGGCCGGCUGGGCAGCGGCGCGGGGUCCCGGGGCGAGACGCCCAGCUCCUUCAACGAGGAUGACGAGGACGACGACGAGGACUCCUCUUCCUCUUCCUCCUCCUCCUCCUCGGCCCCUGAAUAAAGCUGGACCAGCCACGCUUGGGACCCGGGAUGUGUGCCCUGCGUGUGGGGUGACCUGUGCUGACCUGCUGCGGGGAGCCGGGGUGGGCACAGGAAGCCAGGUUGGUGCACUGUUGUAGCUGGCCGGAGGCUGUCCAAGCCGGCAGGGAGGGCACCGUGCGCUGCGGGCCGGGCUCCCUCCGCAGGCUCCAGGCCUCCCACAGCCCCGUGCCGGGGGCAGGGCCCCUCCAGCGGGUCAACACCCCCAACCGCCCUGCAGGCUGCAGAGCCCCGCCUUGUAAA